AUGCACGUCGAGCAACGCCAAAAUUUUGCGGUUCUUCAGGCUACCUUCACGAGCUCUAUGCAACCUCUUCAUACUCAGAUGGAACGGAUGUCACUAUCUUUGUACCAACAGACUCGAAUGCGGCAGCAUUUAGUUGGCAAUGCUCAAAUUCUAUUCUACAAUCCCGAGACGUCUCGUAAUAACUCAACAGUUCGCGUCUCUGCAACUAUAGCUUCACAGCAGUGCUCAAGGGGUUGCAGCUAUUACAGUUCAUCUAUUUCGAUGAGAUCUUGCAACUACCCUCCCUGCCGAAAGAGCUUGGGCAAGCAUCAUUUUACUUACUACUUCCCGCCAUGGCUGGUCUUAAGGGCAAUUGUAGCCUCCGCAAAUCUAGACGACCUUUUUGGUGCCGGCGCAAAGGUGUUGAUUAACAUACCUCUUAUCGUCCCCGAGGAGCGUCACCUUGUUUGGUCGCUCGUGGUAGCUGGAAACUUGGAGCAGCUGCGGAACCUACUGGCGGGUGACAAAAAUCUGGUGCACGUUAAGAACCAGUGGGGUCAGUCUAUAAUGCACGUCGCUGCUAAAAUACAUCAGCCAGCUGUCUUCAACUUCCUCAUCUCCAUCGGUAUGGAUGAGCAUUCUCCAGAUGAGAAUCAAAAGACAGCCGCCACUACCGUCUUAACGCGGAGAGGGAACCAGGAGUAUACACUUAGAAUCGAUGCAGACGAUUUGGCUAACCGCCUUGGCUGGACACCUUUGCACGAAGCAGCUGCGCUGACCCGAGAAGGACGAAAAUUAGCAGAAGCCCUUCUUCUGGAGUCCGAGUAUGUCGAUAUCAAUAGCAGAGAUGCUCUUGGCAGAACACCUCUGCAUUGGCUAGCCGAAAAUGGCGAGGCAGACGCCAUACGACUCCUCACCCAAGACCCAUGGAGAGCUGAUGUUCACAUGCGUGACAAUUGCGGAUUCACGGCGUUGCAUUGUGCGUGCUGGGCUGACGAUCUUGAAAGCGCGGCUGUACGCCUCGAGGCAGGCAGCAACGCUAAUGCGCAAGAUAAACAUGAACGAACUCCCUUGCUUCAUUUUGAUAAUUACAAAUUGCUAGACCUCCUGCUUGAGAAGGGAGCGGAUGUGUAUAUCGCUGAUGAUGAGGGUGCGAAUAUUAUGCACCAUGUUGCUGUAUCUAACCAGGCUGUUCUAGCAAAGACUUUGCUGGAACGGUACGGCCAUACGCUCUGCAUUACGAACUAUAAUGGAGAUACGCCACUCGGCUUGGCUAUUCAAAAUAAUAGCCUGGAGGUUCUGGAGGUUUUGCUCCCAUUUUUGGAGGAUUUCCCGAUAGAAAAAGUAGGCAUGUCCAACAUCCACAAGAGAAACCCCCUCCAUCUCGCAGCCUUACACGCAAGCACCGAGGUAAUGGAAAUGCUUACCUCCGCCAAUCUCUCCGUCCUUAAAGGGAUAUCCGAUGCCCCAGACAAAGACGGCCAUUCACCAAAUGUAUGCUUUGUAAGAUGCCGCGGUGCGCAUUGUGCUGUUACAAGAAAGGAAUGGGAUGUGGAGAAGAGAGUUUGGGUUAGGUUGAUGAUGUUCGCAAGAGGGGAAAGUGUUGCUGUUGAUGAUGAACAUGAUGAGACGGAAGUCAGGUUUGAAGAGGAUGCUUGCAAGAAGCGUAAGGACUCGUUUUGGGAUGUAACCGAUGAACAUGAAGAGAAUGGAGUGAUGUCUAAAGAAAUUUGUGAUAAAAGCAAAGAGUCGUCUUUUUUGGUUAGCGAGACGGGGUGUGAGACUGAUAGUAUGUCAGAAGAGGAAGAGGAAUUUGCAGAUGCAGAGGAUUGGAAAGACACGGAAGGCUGGCCGCAAGAUACUAUUUACGAGACAAGCAGCUAG